UACGUUGGGUCUCCUCUCGCCCCUUCCUCACUGACGUCGUAAGCCACGGUUCUUCUUCAGUAGUUCCUUCCAACGACGACACAGCCAGUUAAUGCCGGAGCAGGAAACGACACUCUGUAACAUCCGCGAUAGAGCACGACAAUCAGCGUGCAGUGUUUGAGGUGGAGAAGCAAUGAGAGUUGAGAGAGACUAGCUUGUAGCCCGUUUGGCGCAGUUGACUUCCAGGCUCCAAUCAAGGCCGGUCUCUCUGUUACUUCAAAAUCUCGGUGCUUUGUUGGUUUAAGUACUAUUUGAGAUGUCAAAUAAAUCAGUUCCAUCCCGACCGGUCGGAGGUGGCGAUCGUACUAAUCUCGCUCGCACUUUCAAGUAUCUUAUGGCGACUCAGUUCUUAUCAAGAGGAAUCCCUUUUAUUUUCAACUCAUGGAUUGUGAGACAUCUUACGGAGAAGGACUACGCGCUUUAUGCUGUUCAGUUUCAUCUUCUCAUUACAAGUAUCUUGUUCCUUAGUCGGGAGGGCUUUCGGCGAGCAUGCAUGAGGACAGAUAUUAGAUGUGGUGGUGCACAGAUGCAAGAAAAUGCUGCAAAGAUAUUAAAAGUAGCUUGGAUGACUUUUCCAAUUGGAGUUUUUGUCACAUUUGCAGCCUGUGUGCUUGUCUUCUGGUGGCAAGCACUAGAAUUUUCUGAUCCAUAUGGACAAGCUAUCCUGAUUCAUGGAUUUGCAUGCAUAUUAGAGUUAUUGGCGGAACCUCUUUAUAUUCUUUCUCAGAAUCUGCACCUCCUUGAUUUGCGCCUGAUAGUUGAAACUACUGCAACACUUUUACGUUGCAUUACGACCUAUCUCCUCAUUGCCAAGCAAACUAAUAUGGAAAAGGAGAUAGUAUUUGCUUUGUCACAGACUGCUUAUGGAGCCUGUAUACUAUUGGGAUACUGGGGUUAUUUUCUUCGUUUUCAUGUAGUUAGAAGCUCUGACCUUUUUCCUUUCAGAACGAGAAAUAUGAUGGAUCAUGAUAGGGACCUUUCACAUAUGUGUAUGCUAUUUACUUCUCAAUCUGUCCGAAAAUUGAUUCUUCAAGAAGGGGAAAAGCUGAUUCUUGUUUGGUUUGAUACACCUUAUAACCAAGCUGUAUAUGGGCUUGUAGACAAGUUAGGUAGCUUAGUUGUGAGAUUGGUGUUUCUUCCUUUUGAAGAAAGUUCCUACACUACAUUUGCAAGGUUUGCAUCAGGAACAUCCCCUGAUAAGCAAAUGAAGCUAGCAAGUUCACUUACUCAAGCUCUAAAGCUUGUUUUGUUAAUUGGUUUUCUGGUUAUGGGAUUUGGUCCAAGUUACUCCUAUGUCCUCAUUAGAGUGCUAUAUGGUAGGAAAUGGAGUGAUGGAGAAGCUUCAACUGCCCUCGGUUAUUAUUGCUUCUAUGUCAUUGUUCUGGCUAUGAAUGGAACAUCUGAAGCAUUUCUACAUGCGGUGGCAACCGAGAGCCAACUCAAGAGCUCAAAUGAUUUCUUGCUCAUUUCCUCUGGGAUUUAUGUAGGACUGAACGUCCUGCUUAUACGCUUGGCUGGUGCAAAUGGGUUAAUUGCUGCUAAUUCAUUAAAUAUGAUAAUGAGGAUUAUGUACUCUGCAGUAUUUAUUAAGCGUCAUUUCCAGGAUUCUUCAUUUUCUUUCCACUCUUGCUUUCCUUCUGGUUGGGUAGUUUUACUUCUUUCAGGUGUCAUCACUUUCAUUUCUAAGAGAAUAUUCCUAGAUCCAGAAAACUUCUGGCCAACCUUGUUCAUUCACUUCACCGUUGGACUGACAUGCUUCUGCAUAUCUGCCAUAAUUAUAUAUCGCAAUGAGAGACCUUUCAUCAACAAAAUCAUCCGUUUUCGUGACCAUGUGGAGUGAGAAAAGGCCGACUUUUCUUUGAACCCAGCUGGUUUAUUUCCUAGGCCCAACAAUUCAAUGAUUCAUUGAGCAAAUAUAUUUAUUUCUGGGAUCUGAUCCCAGCUGACAACAAGCUUCGCAAGAAUAUUGUUGCUAAGGUGGUAUUUCCUUCUAAGAUUGGAUCUGAACAUCUCAGCAUAUCGGUAGAUUCCAGUUAAGAUUCAAGGAACAUUUUGAAUAUGCAGAUCAUAAGCUUCUACUUUUUUUCUUUCCUGAUGGAAAUUCAGAAACUUGUAACGUUGUCACUUUUAUUGGAUAUAUCUUGCCAUGAAGGACAAGGGAAAUGUUCCAAUGCACAAUUGCAAUUGCAAUGGUUGAUUAAGACAUUUGUUUGGACCAAAUUUAAAAUAUUAAUACACCCCUGUGUAUCGGUACUUAAAAUGA